GCCAGCUAUAAGGUCCGAAUUUCCUCUUGUUUGUGGUGUGGAGGAAACAUCUCCUCGGCAGUCAGAUCAGGGUCCAGUGUCCUUUGAGGAGGUGGUGGUGUGCUUCACUGAGGAGGAAUGGGCUCUGCUGGAUCAGGGCCAAAGAGCCCUGUACGGGGAAGUGAUGGAGGAGAAUUAUGAGAUGGUGGCCUCUCUGGGAGCGGGGCGGAGGAGUGAGAAUGAAGGAGACCCAUUCAGAGGUGCCCAGUCUGAAGAGGAGGAAGAGCAGAAAAGAGAAAAUGAAGAAAUAAGAAGGAACAAAUCUUCUGCUUCUCGGGGUGGUGAUGGCCACAAAGCCCUAAUUCAAGCGCAAGAAGACCUAGGAAAGGGACAGAUCCAGUGCCCCGUGUGUGGGAAAUGCUUCAGUGUUCAGUCCAGAUUUAAUAUUCACUGGAAGGUUCACACCGGGGAAAAGUCAUUCAAAUGCUCAGAGUGUGGGAAGAGCUUCCGUCAGAGGAACAAACUGACUACGCACCAGCGAAUCCACACCGGGGAGAAACCCUAUCUUUGCAUGCAGUGUGGGAAGAGCUUCAGUUGCAACACGCACCUGACUCUACAUAAAAGGAUCCACACAGGGGAGAAACCAUAUAAAUGCCCACAGUGUGGGAAGAGCUUCAACGUUCGUUCAAACCUCCGGCGACAUCAGAGAAUCCACACCGGGGAGAAACCGUACGAAUGUCCCACUUGCAGCAGGGGCUUUGUGAAUAAUGCUGACCUUACAAGACACCAAAGGAUCCACACGGGAGAGAGACCUUUCAAAUGUGCCGAGUGUGGGAAGAGGUUCAACCAGAGGGACGAACUGACUAUUCAUCAAAGAAUCCACACAGGGGAGAAACCUUUCAUUUGCUCCGAGUGCGGGAAGAGGUUUCGCGGGAAGAGUUCACUUUCCAAACAUCAGCAGAUCCACAUCGGGGAGAAGCCCUUCAUAUGCUCCGAGUGCGGGAAGAGCUUCCUUAAUAACAGAGGACUUACGAGGCAUCAGAGAAUCCACACCGGGGAGAAACCUUUUACGUGUUUGGAAUGUAAUAGGAGCUUUUCUGAAAACUCGACCCUAAAGAAACACUUGAGAAUCCACAGUGGGGAGAAGCCUUUUACAUGUUCGGAGUGUAGCAAGAGCUUCUGUGACAAUUCAGCUUUAAUCAAACAUUUGAGAAUUCACACAGGGGAGAAGCCCUCUCAAUAUAAGUGCCCUCUGUGUGGGAAAAGCUUCAGUUUUAAGUCAAGGCUGAAUCUUCAUUGGAGAAUCCACACUGGAGAGAAACCGUAUAAAUGUUCAGAGUGUGGGAAGUGCCUGUGUAGCAAUGCGAGCCUUCAGACUCAUCUGCGAAUGCACACAGGGGAGAAGCCGUUUGAAUGUUCAGAGUGUGGAAAGAGUUUCAGUCGGAGGCACAAGCUUAUAAGCCAUCAGAGACUUCACACCGGGGAGAAACCAUAUAAAUGCACUGAGUGUGGGAAAGGCUUUUGUGAGAUCUCGAGCCUUAAGAGACAUCAAGGAAUCCACACAGGGGAGGACUAUAAAUGCUUGGAGUGUGGAAAGAGUUUCAGUCAGAAGUCAGACCUUAGAAGACAUCAAAGAAUGCACACGGGAGAGAAGCCCUAUAAGUGUCUGGAGUGUGGGAAAAGCUUCACUUGGAGCAAAACUCUGAUUUACCAUCAAAGAAUGCACUCGGGCGAGGAUCCAUUCAAGUGCUUGGAGUGUGGAAAGAGCUGCAGUACAGGGUCCGACCUUAGCAGACAUCAAAGAAUGCACACAGGGGAGAAACCGUUUAAAUGUCUGGUAUGCGGGAAGCACUUCACUCGGAACAUACAUCUUACUUCGCAUCAAAGAAUGCACACAGGAGAAGAACCAUAUAAAUGUUCGGAGUGUGGGAAGAGCCUGAGCACCAGCUCAGCCCUCGCUAGGCAUCAGAGAAUCCACACAGGGGAGAAACCGUAUCAAUGCUCAGAGUGUGGAAAGAGUUUCACUUGGAGUACGUCCCUGACUUCCCAUCAACGAAUGCACACAGGGGAGAUUCCACACAAGUGCCCUCUGUGUGACAAAAGCUUUACUUAUAAAUCAAGGCUUAAUCGGCACUGGCGAGUCCACACGGGGGAGAAACCAUAUAAAUGCUUGGUGUGUGGGAAGAGCUUGUGUAGCAAUGCAAGGCUUCAGACACAUCAAAGAAUCCACACAGGGGAGAAGCCAUUUAAAUGCUCCGAGUGUGGAAAGAGUUUUACUGAGAAGUCAGACCUCAGAAAACAUCAAAGGAGGCACGCAGGAGGGGAGCUGUACAUAUUGUUGGAGUCAGGAAAGCGGUUUGCUUGGCGCAAAUCCCUGAUUUUCCAUCCAAGAAAGCGCAAAAGCAAGGAGCCAUUGAAGUGCUUGGAAUGUGGGAAGAGCUUCACUACAAAUUCAGCCUUUGUCAGGCAUCAGCGAAUCCAUACAGGGGAGAAACCAUAUAAAUGUCUUGUGUGUGGAAAGAACUUCACUCGGAGCACACAUCUCGCGUCACAUCAAAGAAUGCAUACAGGGGAGGUCUAUAAAUGUUCUGAGUGUGGAAAGAGCUUUGCUUGGAGAGCAUCUCUGCGUUUACAUCAGAGAAUCCACACAGGGGAGGACUAUAAAUGCUUGGAGUGUGGAAAGAGUUUCAGUUUGAAGUCAGUCCUUAGAGGGCAUCAACGAAUGCACACAGGAGAGAAGCCCUAUAAAUGCUUGGAGUGUGGGAAGCUCUUCACCUGGAACACAACCCUGAUUAACCAUAGAAGAAUGCAUAGAGAUGGGAAGCCAUUUAAGUGCUUAGAAUGUGGAAAGAGCUGCAGUACAGGAUCCGACCUUAGAAGGCAUCAGAGAAUGCACACAGGCAAGAAGCCUUAUAAGUGCUUGGAAUGUGGCAAGUGCUUCAGUUGGCAAUCGUACCUGACUGCGCAUCAAAGAAUUCAUACAGGGGAGAAACCAUAUAAAUGCCUCCUGUGUGGAAAGAACUUCACUCGGAAGACACAUCUGAACUCACAUCAAAGGAUGCACACGGGGGAGAAACCAUAUAAAUGUCUGAAGUGUGGAAAGAGCUUUGCCUGGAGUACCUCCCUGAGUUUACAUCAAAAAGUCCACACAGGGGAGAACUAUCAGUGCUUGGAGUGUGGAAAGAGUUUCCGUCUGAGGUCGGUCCUUAGAGAGCAUCAAAGGAGGCACACAGGAGAGAAGCCAUAUAAAUGCUUCGAGUGUGGGAAAAGCUUCUCUUCAAACAAAACUCUGGGUUACCAUCAAAGAAUUCACUCAGGUGAGAAGCCAUUUAAGUGCCCGGAAUGUGGAAAGGGCUGCAGUACAGGAUCAGCCCUGAGAAGACAUCAACAAAUCCACACUGGUGAGAAGCCCUAUAAAUGCUUUGAGUGUGGGAAAAGCUUCACUUGGAACAAAACUCUGAUUUACCAUCAGAGAGUUCACACUGGAGAGAAGCCCUAUAAGUGCCUGGAAUGUGGCAAGUGCUUCAGCUGGAAAUCAUACCUGACAGCACAUCAGAGAAUUCACACAGGGGAGAAACCAUAUGAAUGCCUGGUGUGUGGAAAGAACUUUACUCGGAAAAUGCAUCUUAAAUCACAUCAAAGGAUGCACACGGGGGAGAAACCAUAUAAGUGCUCAGAGUGUGGGAAGAGCUUUGCUUGGGGCACAUCCCUGAGCUCCCAUCGACGAAUCCACACAGGAGCGGACUAUCAGUGCUUAGAGUGUGGAAAGAGUUUUAGUCUGAAGUCAGUCUUCAGAGGGCAUCAAAGAAUCCACACUGGGGAGGAACCGUAUAAAUGUCUGGAGUGUGGAAAGAACUUGAGUACCAGCUCGGCCCUCACGAGACAUCAAAGAGUGCACACAGGGGAGAAACCAUUUAAAUGCCUGGUGUGUGGAAAGAACUUUACUCGGAAUAUUCACCUGAAAUCACAUCAGAUUAUGCACACAGGGGAGAAACCUUAUAAAUGCUUAGAUUGUGGGAAGAGUUUCGCUUGGAGUUCAUCCUUGAGUUCCCAUCAGAAAAUCCACAUUGAGGAGAAUCCCAUGAUUCCUAAAACCACCCACAGCAUGGAAAGUAUUUCAGAUGUAGUGGAAAUCAUCAUAUGAGUGAUUUAAAG